UUUGUCACAGUUACAAUUUACCAUUUGUCGGCGACGGACGCGCGCUCUCCAACUCAGUACGACAAAUAUACAAAUCUCGAAGAAAACCUCGCUCAGCUAACGGUUCUUCAGGAGCGCUGUCGUUUCGUUUCUAACACCACCACAAAUACCAACCAACUACUAACAACAAAAGGCAGCAGCGUCGGCCCGUCUCGUAUAAAAUCUGUUGCAUCACUGCUGCGGCACUUCAGUCGUUCGAACGCGUGCGGCCGGAGAAGUGCAGUUAACAAAUAAUACAACAAAAUAACAACAACAAUAAGAAUAUUAAAAAAAAAUAAAUAAAUAAGCAAACAUGCUGGGCUGCAGUGACCAUUUAGGCAGCCUACGAUGAAGCUUAAAAUAUAGUUCAUAUAUUCAAAAAAAAAAUAAAGAGAAACGAUAAACAUUUCCAAAGACCUACUUACCUCAGUGCAAUGCUUUAGGCCUUAAAAACAAAAAAUAAACAACCAAUUUUAAAUUAAAAUCUGAACUUAUCUAAAAACAAAAAAAAGCAGCCAAAAUUAACGCUUUACAAGGCAUCAAGAUUUUACCCUCCUUCGCGCAACUGAAAAUGCUGAACAUGGAGUCGCCGCAGAUGUACGCCGAUGCCGUUCAGACAUUGGCCCAGCUGGACCUCAAAAAGGAGCCGCCUCUGCAGCAGGCCACCAUUGGCCAAAUCACCCUGACGGCCAUGUCCACGGCACAGCAGCAGCAGCAACAGCAGCAACAGCAGCAGCAGCAACAGCAGCAGCAGCAGCAACAACAGCAGCAGCAGCAGCAACCUCAGCAGCAGACAACCGAUGCCAACAACAAUACUUCCCAGGAUGCCGCACUCCUUGUUAAGCAACAUGCCAUGCAUCAAAUGCAACAGGUGGCCGCCUUGGGCAACAACAACAACCUGCUGCAGAAGCAAAUGCUGCAGCAGUACACCACCCAAACGGAUUUGGACGAGCUGACCACCCAGGAGAUCACGCUGGAUCUGCAGCACCUGAUAGACGAUCAGUUCAGGGACACGGAAACGCUGGGCAUCUUCAGUGAUAUGGUGACCAGUCCGGGUGGCCUGUCGGCCACUCUGCCGCCCAGUGGCAUGGUUUCGGCGGCGGCGAAGGUCCUGCAGCAGCAAACCCUGCGGAAUCAGCAUGGCUAUGGGGGCAGAGGGGGCGGAGGUGGAGGAGGAGGCGGCGGCGGCGGUGGAGGAGCCCUGGCCUACAUGCCACAGCCCGUGCAUGCCACCUACAACAAUUCCAGCGACGAGAACAGCUCCGUGGGCUCCGAUUCCAGCACGAUCAAGGAGGAACCCAUCGAUCCGGAGUACAGACGGCAUCUGCAGGAGGCGGCCAACCAGCAGGUCGCCUUCAUGGGCAACGGCGGUGGGCUGUACAAUGGCUAUGGGGCGGGGGUGAACGGGCUGUCGGGCGGGGGCAACCCCCUCAACGGCGGCAACACCACGCCCAGCAGCAACGGCAGCAAUGGCAGCACCGGCAGCAGCAAUGGCAGCCAGUUCACCAACCUGACGACCGCCAAUGUCCUGGCCCAUCACAAUCUGCCCCACUUGGCGGCCGCCGCCGGAGCCCAGCACCUGUUGAAGCAGCACAGCAAGCUGCAUGCCCAGCAGCAGCAUCAGCAGCACCAGCACCAGCAGCAGCAGCAUCGCAAGCACAGCAACAAGCACGUGGACAAGGGCACCGAUGAGUACCGCAGGCGCCGGGAGCGCAACAACAUUGCGGUGCGGAAGAGCAGGGAGAAGGCCAAGGUGCGGUCGCGGGAGGUGGAGGAGCGGGUGAAGAGCCUGCUCAAGGAGAAGGACGCCCUCAUCCGGCAGCUCAGCGAGAUGACCAACGAGUUGCAGUUGCACAAACAGAUCUACAUGCAGCUGAUGAACCACGCCAAUCCCGAAGUGAGUCGCGUGUGCCGCAGCUUCCUCAACACCAAUGAGCAUUCGCUGUAGCAGCAGAUACAAAGAAAGUGUCCUUUGGGCAUGCGAUAGUAUGUGUGUGUGUGUGACUGCCUGAGUGUGUGUGGGUGUGUAAGUGUGUGCAUGUGUGUGUGUGUGUGAGAGAGACUCUGUCAAAUCAAAGAUUCAAAAUGCUGUGUGGGUAGCUCGUAAGAUCCAUUUUCCUUCUGCUAUUCAUUGUUUUCAACUUAAGCAAUUGGUUGUAAACGAUGCAGCCAGUAGCCGCUGCACCGUUUACAGCCAUCUGCAAAACUCUUUUGCCACAUACCUCUGGCAUUCCUUUGUACAUUUUCUUCUACUCCACCCCCUUGUUAUCAUUGUAAAACAUAUUUUUGUACUUAAUUCUUAACGACUGUAACAUAUAUUUCGCACAUUUUUUAUACAUAAUCUUAUACAUUAUAUCUUAUCAUAAAGUUAAGCCAAAGAAAAAUGUUAAAAAUAUUUAUGUAAAAAAAAAUAACACGCAGGAAAGAAAGAAAAAAAACAUGGAAAAUACAAAAAAUCAAAACUUAUUUAUACACAUCUAAUUCAAAUUUGUACAUUACUUGAUUUUGGUGUGCGGCUUUGCGCUAUGCUUUAUGCCACGCCCACUUCCACUUCCACUCCCACUCGCCCAGCCCCCUGCUUGAAAAAAAAAUAAUAAACACAAAAACAUUAGCAAAUCUUUAGUUGUUAAGCCGAUCGCCCGGAACAUCGAGUAACCGCUUUACCUGCACAAGAACCCUCGAAGGAACCCCUCUGCCCGUAAUUAACAAUUAUCUAGCGAACUCGCCGAGUUUGCCGGGAAUUCGCUUUUGAGAGAGCGCAGAAGAUAUGAAUGCUAUUAAUUUGUAAGGCCAACGCAAUGUUCUCAUUUUAAUUUAUAUAUUCGUAAAUUAAAUAUACACAAACAACAAAGAAAAACUGUAAAGCAAAUCUAAAUAAA